AUGGAUAAGUUUCGGAUGAUGUUCCAGUUCCUCCAGUCCAACCAGGAGUCCUUCAUGAAUGGGAUUUGUGGGAUCAUGGCGUUAGCAAGUGCCCAGAUGUACUCUGCCUUUGAGUUCAGCUGCCCCUGCAUGCCAGAGUACAACUACACCUACAGCGUUGGCCUGAUCAUCGUCCCUCCCAUAUGGUUCUUUUUGUUGGGUUUUGUACUGAACAACAAUGUGUCUGUGCUGGCCGAGGAGUGGAGGCGGCCCACUGGGAGCCGAUCAAAGGACCCAACCAUCCUGCGCUACAUGUUUUGUUCAAUCACACAGAGAUCCCUGAUAGCACCUGCAGUCUGGGUGUCUGUCACCCUCAUGGAUGGGAAGAGCUUCCUCUGUGCUUUCAGCAUCAACCUGGACAUCGAAAAGUUUGGGAAUUACAGUUUUGUCAGAGAGAUGUCGGAGACUGAGAAGCUUAAACUGCUGGCAAGAAUUCCCUGCAAAGAUCUGUUUGAGCAUCAGGAAUUAAGAGUGGCUGCGUCUCGAUACAUCAAGUGUAUUUCACAGGCAUGUGGGUGGAUGUUUUUGCUCAUGAUGACCUUUACUGCCUUCCUKAUCCGAGCCAUAAGACCCUGCUUCACCCAGGCGGCCUUCCUCAAAACCAAGUACUGGUCCCAUUACAUCGACAUCGAGCGCAAGAUGUUCGACGAGACCUGCAAGGAGCACGCCAAGAGCUUCGCCAAGGUUUGCAUCCAUCAGUACUUUGAGAACAUCAGCGGCGAAAUGCAAAGCCUCCACCGCCAUCACGUGGGCAAGGAUGACGGCGAAGACGACGACAGGAGCGAUGAAGACAAGCUGCUGGGGAUCAGGGCUCAGAAUGAUAUGAACAAGGUUUUAUGGAACUGGCACACCCAAAAGCCGGCUCUGGCCCUGAGAAAGAACCAGAGCGAUGGUGAAAGCGAGGAAAAACUCAGUGGAAAGAUGAAUGGAACACUAAAUGGGUUUGCAAACGGACACGCCUGCGACGUACAGAAACGGGAAUGGGCUGUGUAUUACAGUAAGGUCUGACAAGCUCAGGGAUGAAAAUGUUUGAUUUGUAGUUUCCAGACAUUUCCUGCAUUUUGAAGCUCUAUAAUGACCACUUUUAGAAAAAUUAGAUAUUGAAUUUGAAUUGUAGUUUUAAAUUCUAAUUCAGUUUUAUUUAUUGAAAGUUUGUUGUACAGAUAAAAAUAAAAUAUAAGAGUGCAAUAUGUAUAGGUAUAGGUGUGUGAAAAAAAAACCCUACUUGUUAUAAAAACUAGACAUUUUAACACGUUUGAGCAACAGUAUGGAAGAAAUGUCUUAUAUAGGCAGUAUUCUUUAAAAAAGCAAUGGUCUCAUUAGGGUUGGGCAUAAUYGUAUCGUGUGCAAUUAAUAGUCAGAAAACAUUAAUCGAUUACUUUUUGGCACUUGACGAUUAAUACAAUUAAUGCCACCAGGCAGACUGACUGGAUAUUUUCCCGGUCAGUCUGCUUGUUGCU